CAAUUUAGCCCCACAGCUGAUCCGUGCAGUGUUCAGAGAGAAGCCGAGACGACCAGACACGCACACUCACUCACAUGCACUUCUUUUGCGUUUGCCUGCAAACACACAUGCACUUUGCACAAACACACACACACACGCACUUUGCACGCAUCAACGCAGUGACACACAACUGCAAGGCAUCACUUUUAAAGAAAACAGAAGGAUGCACUGCCUCUUCUACUUCCUAAGCUCACAACACUUUGGAUACUGAGGACAAAAUCUGCCUCCUGGACAACAGGAGUAAUACGACACUUACUGGAGGCAGAAAAGAGCAGGACACAGGAGGACAAACUGAGAAAGAAGAAACAACUGCAAGAAAGGAGUGAAUAAGAGAGACGUUGUCAACAAACUGAGAGAGGAAAAAGACAAGAGGAUUUCCAACCGUGCGGGAGAAUGUCCUUCCUGUCUGGCUCACCCUGGCAGCAGCCUGGCAUUAUUAGUGGUAGCAGCAGGUAUGGACAGACCUCCACUGGGCAUCAACAGCAGCAGCAGCAGCAGCAGCAGCAGCAGCAGCAGCAGCAGCAGCAGCAGCAGCAACACAUGCCUCCCAGUGCUCUCUCCGGUGCCAGUGUCCCUGCGGUCCUGGCCUCUUCUCCGCUGUCGCCCUCCUGUCCAGCCUCUGGUCGGCACGCUGACUGGCACUGCCAAGGCCAGAUGGCACCGGUGGGGCAGGGUGCCACUGCUGCCCAAGCGGGGUCCAGAAUAAAUGUGAUGGAAGAUGAGGUGAAAUUAGGGCAAAGCAGGACCGAGGGGACGUCAUCUGCAUCUAGGUUGAUGGCCCAGACGCCAGGAACACAGAACUUCAAUAUGCCAGUGCUGAAGAUAGAGGAUGAGGAGUCCAGAGGGUGGAGGCCCAGGGAGGAUGGACAUAAGGUGGGGGGGUCAUUAGGGAGCGCAGGACAGAGUCCCAGCAGCCCCUUGUCUUCCCAUUCCUCCCCUACCUCUUCAUUACCUUCCCCUUCUGUCUCACUUGGAAGAUCAUUUCUGACUUCUGACUCUAGACCCGCAUCCAGCCUCAACUUUGGACAAAGUAAUCUGCAACAAAAGGCGACAGGAUUUUCUGGCCAUGGCCUGGGCUCACUUUCCCCUCAGAAACUGGCUUCAGGGUCUGGAGAGACAAGCAAACCAAAGCCCACCAUCACGACAAGUACCACAUCAGAAAAUAAAGAAGAUGAGAAGAAAUCUGCCCAUUCCUCCACAUCUGGGAGCCUGUUUGGAAAUCAGACAGAAAAUUCCACUGCAAGUAUGACUGGAAAUCAAAUGCUUAAGCCAUAUUUAGGACAACAAAAUGCUAAAAUACAUUCUAGUGGUACUGCUUUUCCUGCUGCUGAUCUCAUGGGAAGUAAAACUGGUGACACUGAAGGGCCUACAGCAGGUCCACCUGUGGCCUCAGCUAAUAAAGCUACUACUGGUGUUGGACUGGGUGUCGCAGGGAAGGGUGAUUUGGAGAAAGAAAAGUUAAGCCAUACUGAAAAGGGGAUGGCAGGAUCAUGCAUUCCACCAAAUAGGGGCGUCAUGGAGAGCGUGGUUUCAAGUCCCAGCCUGCCACAGGAUUUAAAUCGCGAUGGGAGAGUGGGAUCAUGCGCCACACUGAACAAAGAAACAAAACCAAUCCACAGUAGCGAGCAGCCACAGCGGACUGCAGUAAGACGUGCAAUGUCUGACUGUUCACAUCUGUCUGUUCCCAUGGUAAUGGCUGGAGCGUACCCCACCGGAAUGGGAAGCCCACCAGUGAUGGCAUCCAAUGUGCCAAAUUUUGCCCUGAUAUCAGGCCCACCGAGGGCACCGUACCAUCACGUGGCUGUUCGGCGUUCGCUCACCGUCACCGAUGGCACCGAAGCUGCUGCUGCGAUGGCGACGAUGCUGUCAUCCCCGUUAAUGACGACACCUGUAUUGCCAGCAUCGCCACCUCCGAAGAGGCAUCAAGGGAGCUGCGAGACCAACUUUUUACUUCCUGUCCCACUACCUGUAGGGAUAUCCAUUAGCAACACCCAAGAAAGUAAUCCGAGCAUAACGGUGAAAUCUGACAACAAAGACAAGCAGGAGAAGACGGACAUCAUGUUCGGCAAGACGGACAAGAUCGACACCUUUGACAAGAAAGAAGAGCAGCAGAAGAAGGACAACGGCCCAGACAAGAACCAGAAGUCCGAGAAGAUCCUCAAAAACGAGGAAAAAAUGGAGAAAAUGAAUGCGGAGAAAAACAGCAAGACCACUGAGAAGGCGGAGAAGGUGGACAAGCCGGAGAAGACCAACAAAGACGAGAAGAAGGAAGAGGAGAAGAAGCCGGUUGAGAAGAAGGACGAUAAAGGAGGGAAAAGCACGGCUAAGUCUCCGACAGGCAACGGCGGCAAGACCCUGCCGAGCCCCGACAGCAAGAGCAAGCCUGAUGUGGGUUCAACCAAACCAAACUCAGGCAAAUCGCGCCCAUCCACCCUCUCCACCAAUGGCGAGGCCAACUCGGCCAAACGCCCCUCCCCCACCACAGCCUCAGCCAAUAAAAAAAGCCCUGUACCCAAGGCGACCACGCCGACCGCUGCCAAGCGGCCGCCAACAGCAGCUGGCUCCAACAAGGCUGCCAAGACUCCUGAAAAUGGUACAACUGAGAAGCGCCCAUCUGUGCCAAAGACCACGCCCACCCCACGCUCAACUGCCAAUAAGAAUGGCUCCUCUGCACCUGCUGGAAACAAAGCUGCAGCUAACAAGAAUGACAAGACUGAGAACAAGACAGGAGAGGCCAAGAAACCCAAGACUACAGCCCGUCCUCGCCCCGUCUCCACCGCCACUCCCGCUACUCCCGCUACUCCAGCUGCCUCCACUAACGGGGAGGCCACCACUCACCGCCGCCGGGUCAUCACCAAGCCCCCCGUGCCCAAGCAGACCCCGCUGGAGAAGAAACCGGCGGUUCCUCGCGCCCCCAGAACCCCUCGAACCAUCAACGCGCCCACACCGGACCUGAAGAACGUCCGCUCCAAGAUCGGAUCCAUCGACAACAUCAAGUACCAGCCCGGCGGAGGAAAGGUCUCCUCCACCCCGAACAACAAGACAUCAGACUCCUCCACCCCUGCCGCCAAGGCCAGAGUUCAGAUAGUGCACAAAAAGCUGGACUUCAGCCACGUCACCUCUCGCUGUGGCUCCAAGGACAAUAUCAAACAUGUCCCUGGAGGUGGCAAUGUGCAGAUCCUGAAUAAGAAGGUUGAUGUGAGCAAGGUGACGUCCAAAUGUGGCUCCAAGGACAACAUCAAAUACAAGCCAGGUGGCGGUGACGUGAAGAUCGAGUCGCAUAAGCUAAGCAUCAAGGCCAAGUCUAAGAUUGGAUCCCUCGACAACGUGGGGCCAGGGAACGGACAGACCAACGGACACAAGGAGGAGAAAACAGAGGAGAAAACAUCUUCACCCCCAAGUGGCGCUCAGACAACAGGACCAGCAAGCGUUGCUAAGGCAACAGCACCAGGCAGCGUUGCUAAGGAGAACGGCAUGAAGGAGCCCACAGCUACUCCUUUUGGGGGAGACGGACUGAGGGAGCCCCUUAGCAUAGACAAGCGCAUCACUGAGACAAACUGAGUCCCAGUGAAAUGCAGAUUUUGGUGGGACUCGCAUGGCACUCGCCGACCUGCCAAUCAACUGACCAACCAACCUACCACGGCGCAGUCACUUCCCUCUGGCCCCGCCCUUCAUCUCGCCCACCGCAGCACCGAACUGACCGAUCACCUCUCAGUGUUUCUCUGGGGUCUGCCUGCCAGCUUCCUGCUACAAACCCCCGACCUCUGACCUCUGAACGACCUCUGGGUUGACCUUAGACCCUGCCUACCACAGAGAAGACCACUUUCUGUUAGUCUGUGUGUCUCUGUGUGGGGUUCCACCAGCUUCUCGACUGAUUAAAUCCCCUCGUAAGCACUGAUUUAGACGACUUGAACCCCAAAUAUAAGAACAACCCUGAACGCAAUAAACCCACCAUCACAGUCAGUGCAGUACUACAUAUAUUAAGCCACUAUUUUCGUAGAGUCUAAACACUUGCCUGAAAUCACAGUUCUGAUGCUGUUCUCGUCCCUCUCAUUUCAAAAAACCCUUUGAUUUUCCCGACCUCGUUAGCGGAUGUAGGCUAACGCCACUUUCUCCAUUCCCAGUCCAUCAGAUAACUACAGCACAGGUCUCAUUAUAUUCAUCCUACAGCUUCAUCAACCAUUUAAUCACUUCUCUCGGUAUCAUUGCACCGGUUUGUCUGCUCGACAUUCAUUGUAACAAAGCUUCUUUAUCUGUGGACGAUUGAUAUCAUGACGCUCACGGUUAGCAGUGAUGGGUGCAGAGAGCGCGGAUGAAUUCUAGAGUGGAGCAGGUUUGAAUGAAGAUUUCAAAAUCAGCACAUGAAAUCAGUGCAGAAGCUUCGAGAAUGUAAGACAGUUCCUGAGUUCUGUUGGCUAAGUCAUGAUGAAAAGGCUUUAAUGAAGCAAAUGAGUUUCAGUGCAGUCCGAAACAUUGUUAAUGAUGCGGUUAGUGCGUGAUAAUCAUCAGUGCAGGAUGAGGAGGGAUAGCACUGCUGCUCCUCUAGCUCAGAAAGAUUUGGCACUGACCAGGUGUAUUUGAUCUCGGAGCCAAACAUGUUUUACAAAGUUAGGACCACUCUGACCUUGAAGAGGUGAAUGCAAACCCAGGCUGGAGGAAUGAUCUUAAACUGGGGCGUUUUACCCUUCAUGGUGACUACAGAAUCUUGAGGUGAAACCACCAGCUGCUGCACCUUUUAGCCACAGAACAUGAAAGGAUUGAUGCACUGCACGUUGUUUGUAGCACAUAUUGCAGACAGUGUCAAUCACUGGGAUGUUUCAGUAAAGAUUCAGUCACUUCAGCACAUUCAACGGCAACAUUUCAGGAAAUAAAUCAGUGGAACUGUCAGGAUCUGCGGGUUCCUUGUAGAGGCAAAGCAAACAAUUGGUUAACAUCAAGAUCAAGCAGCAUUACUAAUCUAAAGCUGUCGCUCAAUAGCAAGCUGUCCUGACAUUACUGGCCACUGAAGGAACAGAGGAAGCUAUCAUGCAACCCUAAACUGUUUCACAAAGAGAGAGGAGGUAGGAAUGAGAGGUAGAAUUAGCCAGUUUUGAAUAAACUGUGAACUAAUUGUCUAGAGAGCAACUGUGUUAGCGGGCCUGCAGGCUCAGAGCGCUUGUUCUCUCCUCCUCUGGAAGUGAUUGAAAUUAUGUACAAUCAUACGAGCAGCAGAUUAAAUGGUACAGUAUAGAGAAAAUAGAAGCUUGGAGUGCUGUUGUGAUGAUUGGCACUAGCAUGCUUUCUGCUUGCUACGGUAUUCAGUCAUUGGAAUAUUUGCUCCUGCAUUACUGCAUACACAGCUCUGAGUAUUACCCUCCUGUGGGAACGAGUGCGAUCCUGAACGCACCAUAAAUAGUCAUUCUAUUUAGCGCUUGCAUUCUGCAGAGGAAGCUGUGCACUUGCAGUCUUUGAAAGUAUUAAAAAAAACUACCAAAAAAGCAACAACUCUUACAAUAUAACACUUACAACCCUCAAUCUUCUUCUGCAUCUAAGCUCACGUACAUGUUUGUGUGACCUCAGUCCUCUCAGAUAGACUACUUCAGCCCCAGACUCAUACACCUGCACCAACCUGUGAGGGACCCCAGCAGUCACCCUGUGAGCUGCAUUCUCCAGUUCGUGUGCGGUUAUCACAGACAGUCAGACAAGCACUUUCCUUCUUUUUGCGCACAUGUGGCACUUCCUGGUCAUGUGGUUCACCCUCAGUGGAGAGGUGCUCAGUCCUCCUUCUAGCCGGUGCGUCGUAAAACCCGCUCUGUGAAACCUGCUAACUUUCUUCACACACAUACACACACAUAAACACACACACAUGAAGCACAGAUGGAUACCUGAAAGCACACACGUUUGUUGGUGUGCACACAAACAGUAUAUUACACACAAACACAGAUCAGCACCCCGAAACAUACAACGGUAUGCUGUUCAUUUCUCUUCUCUCGAAUGAAACCAACUCUUUAUUGUGUUUUGGUGGUCUAUGCUGAUAUUGUAAAAACAACGAUGAGCUGUGUCGGUGUGUUGUUCCUGUCAUAGUCAUUGUCGGACAUUUUCAUCAUAGGCUCACCUCACUCCGCCUCCCUUCUCGUCCGUUUCCGCUUCCUGUGCCUCACUCCAAUUCUCUGACAGCAAUAUAAUGAUCUUAGUAGGGAGGGCCUCCAGUUACUACACAGGAUGUACAGACAGACAGACAGACAGAGAUGGACAGACAACAACCACGGACUGUAGUUAGGAGAGAGGAGCAGGUUCACAUGCAGGAGGAGCUGCAGUUAAAGGGAAUAAUGUUGCAUUCAUGGCAACUCUGAAGUUGGAGUUUUCUUUGUAAGUGGUGAUUUAUUUAUACUAGGCUCUGUCUAGUAGAUUGAAACUACUAAGAGCUACUACCAAGCCACUUGAAGUGACGAUUAACAGUAGCAGAUGAUCAAGUUUCUAGUUAUUUGUCUUCUGUGGCGUAUUUUACCCUACAUGAGUAGUGUAAAUAGAAGGACAUAAACAGCCUUUUUUCUACAUUUUUGAGUUUGUUUUGUAUAGGGUGUUACUUGAUGGACAAAAAAUAUAUAUUUAAAAAAAACAUGUAAUUCUUAAAAGGUUUAGAAAACAAAAUAAAAAAAAUAAAUAAAAUCUAAACUGGACAGCAGGACCUGCCCAGCUCCAAAAUGCCAUGAAUGCAGCAGUAUUCCAGCGAGGCGGAUCCAAGAGCGGCCUGCGAUUGCUGUUGCUGGGACCAUCCAGUGGGGUUUGAAGUAGGCUUUUUUGUAAAUUACAAAUCCAUAUUUUAAGCUAUAAAAACAAUCACAGCACACACUAUAGAAAUGAGCCCAAUGAAGACCCCUUUUUCUCAGUUUUCACAAGUAUAAAACGAUCCACUGUGGAGAUCUUUUCAGCCUGAUGUGUGUUAUUUUAAGAAAGAAACCCCCUAAAUUCAUUUUCCAUUCUACAUGCUAAUAACCCGACACUGUGAUGCCACUUUGAUUUACAGACCAUUGUUGUGCAUCACACCAGUGAUAGGAAAAAAAAAAGGCCCAGUCUGCUCACUGUGCUUCAAAAGGCUGGGAUGGUCUCGGCUGAAAACACUGAGGGAUGGGAGACGUGUCUGUGGCGUGCUGCCGUAGUUGUCAGAUGUGUGAAGUGUUACUACUGCAUCCAUCCUGUAGAGAGCGCUGCUUAGCCUCUGGAAACACUGAUAGUCUGGCUCUGUGACUUAACAAAGGCUGACUUAGAAACCUUCCAUCUCCAUUAGAGAAGCUACAAUACAGUUCAUUACUGUCCUCAUUUAAACUAGCACUAUAAUACUGUGUCUGGAACACUAAAUAUUAUCGGAGAUCAUUUACGGCUCCCCCUAAAAAGUCUCGUGCACUUUGUUCAUUUCUUGAUGCACUCAAGUGAUAUAAAAGUUGCUUUACUGUAUAUUGGUAAAACAUUGUCAGCUGUGUACUGUACAUGUGUGCUUCUGGGAACAAAACAGUCUUGGUAGUUAGAUCAAGUUAUGAUAAUCAAAGAGCAAGUGAUCAAAUAGUCAACAAAUAAGACAACUUAAAGCACCGUAUACGCAUAUUUAAUAUUGUACCGUUCCCUCCAAAUCAUUCCCAUGAGUUGCCUAAAAGUAACACACGUCACACGACAUAUGUGUGGGUCAUAUGUGAAAAGAAUAAUGUGAACCUUUCUUCGGGAACAGAAGAGCAAAGGUACGAAAUCACUUUGAUAGGUGUAGGCAGUGGAUUGUGUACAUAAAGAUAGGAAGCGAGUUGUAGUCUUAUUGUGCGUAAGAAGCUCAUGUACGAGUGUGCGACGACGUGACGGGAGGAGCCGAAGUCAUGUGUCCCGUCGCUCCUCCUUCAUCUCGGUCGGCUUAGUGGAACUUAGUGGAACUUUGGUGUUGUGCUGUUGGCUAUGAUGGUUUAACUCUCCACUCUCCAGUCUGCCCUCAUGUCGUUCCUGUUAACAUUCACUGGUUCUUACAUUCUGGCCAAGCUGCAAAGUCACAUUGACAAAGUGGGUAUAUUUGUGUUCAUUUACGGGCCUUACUGAGCUCUGAAGAGGCCAGUGGCUGCUUUAUUUGAUAUGUGCUGAGAGGACUGGCAUCAAAACUACCUUGGGUCAGUCUCAUCUGUUAGCAUACAGCAUGUCAAGUCAUUUUAACGGAUUUUCACGACACCAGAACAUUUAAAAAGGCAAACUGCAGUAGUGUUUUUAGUGAGACAACAAUUCUACUCAAAAAACAGACACAAGAUUAAAUAAAUAUGUUGCACUUUAAAGAACAAAAGGUUUUAAAAGUUCUCUUUCUUACAAUUUAUGAAUCUGCAGGCCAUAAAAAUCUGUUGGCACUUUUUUGAAGGUAGCAGUGGCCAAUGGAGUGCCAAUUAAGAUAACCAGGUUCAAUACAUCAUUAUCAGUGAUUCUUAUACAGAACAUUGUCAUUCACUGUCCCAUUAGUUUUGAUCAGAAGGACACUUUUGAGUUUUUCAGAUCUCACUCUGACCUGUCAAAAUUUCAGAAUUCAGUGAUGGAUCAAAAGCCCAAAGUUGUUAAUUCUGAAUUUUGUUAUGUUUCGCCAACUUUGACAAGACUCAAGAAGUUAAGGCCUGUGUAUUGUAGAGCCAAUAAGUCACUAAGAAUUAAAAUUGUGAUCCCCCCCCUCCCCCCCCCCCAACUUUCACGGUUUCUUUCACAAUUUGUGUACACCCAUGCAUGCCUCAAAACAACCAAAACGAACGACUUUGAGCUCAACUGAUAAGAAAAAAGUGGAAGAAUUUUAAAUUACAACCUCUAAAAUCAUAGCGGAAACUACCACAUUAUAACAAAGAGUCAGUAAACACUACAUCCAUUUCAAUCCUAGAAACAAUAAACAACCUCUCUUGUACAUCUGAUACAUCCAGGUUCUGGUACAGGGACUCAAAUAUCUGCAUCAACCUCAAAAACUCUGCAUACUGUAUGCUGUCCAGCAGAAGUAAUUGUGGUUCCAGACCUGUGUUUACAUAUCCAGUAAGGAAACCAAAGCACCAGCGUAUUAAUCAGGGGCAUGUGAUUAAGUUAAGACUGCAUUAUUAGUGCGGUCAGGUGGGACGUUAAUUGAAUGUUGCUUGCAGCUUGGGCAAAAAGUAAUAACGAGAUUCACUCCGAUGUCUGUUCACAACUGUUUGAGUCCCCCGGUUAUAGCGCUUGAAUACCACCCUUCCACUAGUAUCUCACACUGUCCCUUGUAUAUAGACACCACCAUGUUUUUAUCACUCCAGAAGUAACUCAAAUUAAUUAAAAUCAAACAAAAAAAUAACAAAAAAACUGAAAAAAAACAUCUUACUUCUUAACAGGGUGUUGUGGAUGCUGGAUGAGCGUUCAUGUUCAUAAAGCUGUUACCAUUAAGGUUAAUAAUAGUAUUAUUAUAAGGCUGAAAGCAUAAGAAAGGAAAAGUGUACUUUUUCUUUUUCAGAGUCUGCCUUUUUUCCGCCAAGAAAAGGGCUGCUGAAGUUUCAAGAAUGUUUUUAAAAAUGUAUUAAAGAUGCAAGAUUAUGAAUACAUGUAUGAGGUUUGUCUCUGUUCUGUUUUGGAAGGUAGAUGACAUAUGACGCACUAUUUCCCAGAUUCGGGCAGGAAGGCAGGCGGCGUGUGUGUCACGCUGGGUUCGAUCUGAAGACGUAGAGGACAGAAGCUUUGCGGAGAGAGAAAAAAAAACUUCAGAAUUGGCAAAUUUAAACAGGAAGAAGCAAUCUGAUUGGUUUGAAAUGCAAUGACACACACUGGCCAGCCCUGCCUUCUGCCUACCGUCACCCCCUCAGUCAGACUUAACAGUUACCAGACUUAGUCUUUUGGCAUGUGGUAGAAAGUAAUGUCCUGUAUUAGACAGCUCCUCUAUAGACACCUCGACAUACCUACCAACACGGGACCGAAUUAGGGCAAGUCUUGGACCAAAUUAUCUUCUAAUGACAAAAAUAACAGAACAUUCUGGACUAGUCUGCACUACUAAAAAAGCAGAGGAUAAAUCAAUGAACGCUGAGCUCAACGAAAGCUUGAAAUGCAAAAUAAAAGGGAGUGUUGGUAGAUAUGCACCUGGAGCCCCUCGCUCUGUCUCCCACCUACAGAGGCCCAUCGGCGCCUCAGCACUGAAAAGCAGCAGAUUUUACUUUGUGCUUUGUCAUAUGUGCAGCAGCUACCAUCCAGCUGCCCGGUAAAACCAGUGUUCCAGCUGUUUAAAUAUCAAGGAGAGUGGAAAAUUUAAAGUCUGUGCUGAAUUCGUAAACUGUAAGUUGCAUUUUAGUCUCCUGCGUACCAAUAGUUAUCUUGUAAAAGUGAGAAGCAGCAGGUAAAAGAGCUUACUUUUCAGUGCUGUGGAGUGGAUCCGCUGUUGUGUGUGCUGUGUUAUUCUGUAGGGCACAACACCAUAGCAAGAGCAUGCAGAAGACAACAAACAAGCUGCUGGUUGUUAGAGGCAUCCGUCCUAUUAGGUAGAGCUCAUCUCCCCCCUUCAGUUCUGAGUAUUUGGUAUGAAAGAGAUGUUCAUUGUGAUUAAUUGUUAACUAGUGAUGUGAAUAUUAAUCAUGAAAUAAAAAAAAGAUGAGCAAAAGA